CUAAUGAAAUUGAUAAAUAUAUGAGACAACCUGAAAUAAGUCUUAAAAAGACCCCUGCAACAUCCACCCAAGUGAAUGUUUAUUCAGUGAUGCCGAAAUAUCAAUCAUAUUCAAAAUAUUCAUCCUGA